AUGGCAGCCACGUUGUGUCAGGGGUUAGGCUUCAUUCUGAGUUUGAUAGGGAUAGCAGGAAUAAUCGCUGCGACAGGGAUGGACCAGUGGGCCACGCAAGACCUCUUUGAUAAUGUCGUGACGGCCGUGUACUCGUACUCGGGCCUGUGGAGGUCCUGCGUUCAGCAGAGCUCCGGCUUCACAGAGUGCCGACCGUACUUCACCAUUCUCGGCCUGCCAGCUUUGCUCCAAGCUGUCCGAGCCUUGAUGAUUGUUGGGAUUGUUCUUGGCGCGAUCGGCUUGCUGAUCGCCAUAUUCUCGCUCAAGUGCUUGAAAAUGGGAAAUAUGGAGGACAACCUCAAAGCCACCAUGACUCUGUCGGCCGGGAUCAUGCUUCUCCUCGCAGGUGUCUGUGGGAUUGCUGGGGUGUCAGCCUUUGCUAACCUGAUUGUACAAAGUUUUCAGUUCACUACAUACGCCAGUGGAUUCAGCAACACUGGUGGACUAACAGGAACUCUGACUCCACGGUACACGUUUGGCCCUGCACUCUUUGUGGGUUGGAUCGGUGGUGCCAUCUUGUUCAUUGGUGGUAUCUUGAUGUGCCUGGCCUGCCGUGGAAUGACUCCAGAGAAGAACCAGGGGUACGAUGGGAUGGCCUACAAAGCUGCAUCCCAGAGCGCCAUGUACAGGUCCGACACCAGAUCUCGGCCCGUCUACAACGACUCCUACAAAGCUCAGAGCAUGGACGGGAGGCAGGCGAACCAGAGAUUCGACUACGUCUAG